UGUGACUUUUGCAUUCUUUUUAGAAAAAAAGUAAAAAAACAGUAUAAGUUAUGACGUAGAAAAUAAAAUAUUUUAGAAGUUGUAAUUAAUUGCAAAAGAAAUAAUGCAUUUGUACACUAAGGAAUCACUGGCUGAUUUGCUAACAGACGAAAGUUUUACGUAUUCAACUUACACUGACCUGAAAAAGCAGCUUCAAAGCGACUUGGUCCUACGACCGUUACAAGUAGAUGAUUACUCAAAAGGUUACUUUAAACUGAUAUCCGAAGAAAGCGAUGUUGUGAUUGGUGAAGACUCUGAAGCCAAAUUUAAAGAAUACUUUUCAGUCCUUCAGUCUUGUCCUGGUAUGUAUUAUCCUGUUGUCGUGGAAGAGGUUUCGAAAACAACCGUGGUAGGAGCUGGUACUCUUAUCAUCGAGCAAAAGUUUAUUCACGAAACCGCACUGCGGGGUCGCAUCGAAAAUUUGGUCGUGUUUCAAAGUUACAGACGGAGAGGUGUUGGAUCUUUAAUGUUGGAAACGCUCACCAAACUCGCACGACAACUUGGUUGCUACAAAACGACGUUAAACUGUUCUCGUGAAAUCAUGGCGUUUUGUGGAAACUGCGACUACGCUGCAGAAGACCAUCAAAACUUUAUGUUGAAAACAUUCACUGAUGACACAACGAAUAACAACCAGGAGUCAUAGAGAAGGACGUGGAAACUAAAUGUCGAUGUGUAAUGAUCCACCGCAUAUCUUCCUCACUAUUCAAAUGCAUUGGUAUAACCGAAAUGAAAAUUUCUUGCUUUCUUAUGGCGCCUUACGUGUAGUCUGGGUAUUGGUGCUGUUUUGGUAUUUGGAAAGUUUUUACUACGUGUUCAAAAUAAAUUAUAUUUUGCGGUUUUAUACUGUAGCGAGUAAACAACUUCUAGUUCGAUAAAUUUUAUAUGUACACAAUCUUAGAACCUUACUUUCAGUUUUCAAUCUACUGAAGUGGUUACAACAAUAUUGAAGAUUUGUUUACUCAAGAACUUUCAUAAAAGCUUUGAAGCUUACGACAUAAUCGUGCUUACCAUAUUAAGGAAGGGAGAAAUCUAAAAAUCUUUUAAAAAUUCUUCAAAAAUAUUGGAAAUUGGAAAUUUUUAAACAAACUUUUGUAAAAAUGCCAAAAUAUCUGUUCAUUUUUUCUCCGAACGAAGUAAAAUUUAACUGCUAGAACAUUAUUCUUGGUAAUUGGCCAUCUCAGCUCCAUGUAAAUAUUUAAAUGAAAUGUAUGCUGUAUUUUUGUAUGGAUGGUUUAACAUAACAAUUAGGAAUUAAUUUUUAAAACUAUU